UGCUUAUCUUUUCAAUAUAUUACUAUUUGCCAUAUUCGCAAAACCUGUCGUUGGCAUGCAGGCACCAGCCACCAAAAAUCCUCUGAGCCCUGUGCGGCAGCCGAAGCGCAAAAGCGCCGCUAAGCAACAUUCCCAACAAACACAAAGCAUUGAGCCAGAUGUUGCUGCUGACAAUGAUCUUCCCAGCCUGCUCGAUAUAUUCCAGUUUCUCGAUUCGCCAGAUCCGUCGCUGUAUAUUGAUGUUUGUCUAAGCAGCGAGUACGCCGACAUAUUCCAGGCAUGUAUCGGUGCAUCCAUAUACGACGGGAUGCGCACACCGCUGUAUCGAUAUCAAAAGAACUCGGUGUUCAAGAUGCUGAGGCGCGAGCUGCUUCCCGAUUUCAUUAUUGAUCCAAAUUAUGCUCCGCUAACUGAAAAUGAAAACAUAGAGACCAAGCGCUUCUGUCACCCACUUCUGCCAUUCUUUCAGUUUGCCCACGGAUUCGACCAAGCGACAAACCGCUGGAUCUACACGCACCAGCAAUCGCCAAACACACCUGUUCCGGCGCAGGACGUUGCAUGGUACAGCGAUGCGCGCGGCGGAAUCAUCUGCGAAGACAUGGGAACUGGAAAGACAUGCGAGUGUCUAGCACUAAUACUACUGACGAAGCGUCAAAUGGCCCGGCCUCCUAUCGAAGGCGAAACAUUGCCAUGUGUCGGCACUGUCACUUCCAGACUGGAAACCGACGCUGGCAAGAAAACUGGUGAUAAUAAUUCAGGCGUUAGUCUUCCACACAAGGGUGUGCCGUCAUUAAAGUAUUUGGCUAUCAGAACUGCGCUAUUGAGCUGUGCCGAGUCUCUCCGCGUAAUGCAUGACGACGGCAUGAUCCCAGAUGACUUGUGGCAGCAGUUGGAGCCGUAUCCACCAUACUACCGGGUCAAUCCAAUUGCUGAAUCCCGCACGCGGCGAGGAGCGCCUACUGACAACAUGCAGUCUGUGUUUUUCAAAGUAUACCUGAGCAGCUCAACCAUAGUCGUGGUACCAGACAAUUUGGUCGAUCAAUGGGUGCGCGAAAAAUACAAACAUGUCGAGGACCACGGCGGCUUGGAGAUCCUCAAACUGGACGACAGCGUGAAUACAAUUCCUGAGCCACAGACACUGAUCAAAUACGACUUGGUCCUUGUUUCGGUCAGCAGACUGUCUAAAGAGUACAUUCCGAUUGAUUCAAACCUGGCAGAGCUGUGGAACAUGUGCCGGUGCUAUUCGCGCGGACUAUCUCAGUGCACGUGUAACCGACGUACAUAUAGUGCUUUGAAUAGGUCGCCCUUGCUGCGCGUGCAUUGGAAGCGUAUAAUUGUGGACGAAGGCCACAUUAUGUCGAGUCGUAAUACCACGCGGUCGCUCAUGGCCGCAUACUUAAUUGCCGAGCGGCGCUGGGUUUGCACUGGAACUCCGACACACAAUUUGGUUCACGCAACAUCGGCUCUCACUGUUGACAAGCAGUCAACACGGCCGCCAUUACCACUACCACCAACAUUGGCGGCAGCAGCAGAUACAAAUGCAGAUGCAAAUGCAGACACAAACACAGACACAGACGCAAACUUGGAAUUUGGGUUUGAGACUAGUUCCGAAUGUCCAGACUCGCGGCCAAACAACAGCACAAAUGCCAGGGCGCGCAAGAUGCCGCGCAGACACUUAGUGGAUCCGCGAGAAAGCUCCUCAGACUUUUUGCAGCUCGGGACCCUCGUAUCCAAAUUCCUGCGGGUCGGCCCUUUUGCCCACUCGACCUCCGCAUGGACCAGUCUCAUGGUGCUUCCUUACAAACGAAACAAGCCCGGUGCCUCCGAUCGCCUGCAAGCGCUGAUGCAAAGCAUAAUGGUCCGCAACCGUCCCGACGCAAUCACAAGCGACGUGCAGCUCCCGCCGCUCCACGAGAAGAUCGUACAGUUGUCUCCCACGCGACACCAGGCGCUUACAUACAACACUGUUGUAGCGUUCUUCAACAUCAACGCUGUUUUGACUGAGCGGGUCGGGAGGGAUUACUUUUUUCACCCAGAGAACAAGCGACAUUUGCGCCAGAUCGUCGAAAAUCUGUUCCAUGCCUGUUUUUGGUUCUCGAUCAGCCCAAAGCAUAUUGCCGACGGUGUGAUGAACGGCAAGCAGGCACUCGAGCUUUGGGAGCGAGGCGAGAAGCCGUACUCAGUUGAGGAUGCUGAUCUGCUGCGAAGAAGCAUUGCCGAACUGCAGCGGGCAUCUAGUGAUUCCGAGUGGGCUUAUGUGGCGCAUGCCGAAUCAGUAGGAUACUGGAUCAGCGGUCUGCCGCACAAAAUUAGCGAACAUUCGUUUAACGCGCCGACUGAUACUGCUGAAUGCCAAAGAUCUGAAUCUGCACGACUGGCGACUGCAUCUCAGCUUUUGCAAAUGGUGGCAGCGGCCAAGGACAUGAUGGCCACAGCAAGCGAUGGCUUGCCGCCGCUCUCGACCAAUAUUGAUCCGAGCGAGUUUGAGGAGCUUCAGUCGGCCAAGGUGUCUGGCUGCACGAGCAACAAAAUUGCAUACAUUCUCGAUCAAAUCCGUCUUUUUUACCAAGAUGAAAAGUGCAUUAUAUUUGCAAAUACCCAGAACGAGGUGGCGCUGCUACACGAAGCUUUGGAUGUGGCACGGAUACCUCAUUUGGUCUACGCCAACCAGGCAAUGAGCCAGAGCCAGCGUCGGCACAAUAUCACGACGUUUUCAACUAGCACAUUUUAUAACGUUAUCCUUGUCGACGUCUAUUUGGCAGCAUACGGGAUUGAUCUUUCGGCCGCGUCGCGGGUCUGGUUUGUCAGCCCCAUCUGGCAGGCUGCGCGGGAGCGGCAAGCAAUCAAGCGCGCGCACAGGCUGGGUCAGAGUCGGCCAGUUUUCAUGGAAACUCUACUUACUAGGGAAACCAUAGAGGAGGCUCUUUGGCGCAGACGACAAGAUAUUUCAAGAAAUGACACCGAGAUGGUCGUCAAGGAUGUCGAAGAGGAUGGCAAAAUGCGCGGCAUGCUCUUAGACUCCAAAUUCAUUGAGGUGGAUGAAUCGACCGACGCGGGUUCUGUGGCAGGUGUCUUUGGGUCAGAUAUUCGGUUCUGGCCGACGAAUAUUCGGUAUCCGCGGCAGCUGCGCCAAAAGUACAAAAUGUGGAGCCCAGGCUCGCCCGAAAAUGUCAGCCCGAGCGUUCCGUUUUUCAAGACACGAAGGCUGACGCUCCGGCUCACCGAAGGUUCAAAAGAAACAGGAAACUUCUGAGACACGAUGCCUGGUGCAGCCGAUGAUAAAUAGCCACGCUUUUUUUACCAUGUCCAGUGGUAAACCAAC